GUAAACGUCAGUCAUUGAUUGAGUGUUGAACCCAGGCUACACAGUUAGAAGCUGGGAGUGUUCUAUGUUGUGACUCCGAUAGCCGACUCCGGUCGGUGUGAUAUUCAAUCUGCAUAGCGAUCAUUGUGACCUAUGGCGAAGAAGAGAAUCUAAUUUACCCAAAAAGAGAAUGGUGAUUUCAGUGAAUAAUCAAUUCUAAACGCUAUGCCCGUUACGUACAUACGUAUGAAGCUAGGCUGAGACAUUUAACUCUUUACCUAGUCACUGGGCGCUUCAAUGAAUGGUAUUCAGUGGCGACAGAAGGCAGUAGUUUUAAUGAAAUUUUUGGAAUUGUGGUAUUUAUCGAGCGUAUCAACGAUAUCUCCCUAGUAUCAUCGUCAUCAUCAGCAGACAAUGGCAAUGCAAGUCAGUCAAAAAGAAUGGGGACGGGUUAUGGAGAGGCAUGAAUCAUUUAGCAGUUCGACGUCGUCGCAGCUAAAGUGCGAAAUUCUCUUCAUCCAAACGAAAUUCUGAGCAGAAUCAAGACUACGACCGUGCAGUUAUACAGCUGUUCUUCGCGGCGCUGCUCGAGACAAGUGCGGAUUGUACGACUUGAUUGAAAAGAGCAGAGUCACAGAAAAUCUCGGUUAACUAAGGGAAGACAACAAUUUGCUUCGCUUUCUGCGUGAGAAGCCAUUGCUUUAUUGCUAGAAUUGUUUCAAUUAUACUGGUUUGUAAGAAACACGCAAAUAGAGUACCGUACAUCGUGCACAAAGAUUUCGUUACAGUGAGACUUAUGAAAGUAUAUCGAUAAAGAACUAUCGUCGAAAAAACAAGUUGAUGAUGUUGAAGCUGCAAGAUCGAAAGUCGAUCGCAAAUCGGAACGAACCUGGACGGUUCUUCGGCGAUGGAGUGAGCUUCAAGGCCAAACUGAUUGGCAUCCUGGAGGUCGGCGAAGCCAGAGGAGACCGUAUGUGCCAGGAAGCACUGCAGGAUCUCAAAAUGGCCAUCCGAGCUGCAGGAGAGCACAAACAGAGAAUCACGAUACACGUUACUAUCGAUGGAUUGCGAUUGAGAGAUGAGAAAACUGGGGAUUCUCUCUAUCACCAUCCAGUGCAUAAAAUAUCGUUUAUCGCGCAGGACAUGACGGAUUCGCGUGCAUUUGGCUAUAUUUUUGGGUCGCCCGAUAGCGGGCAUCGCUUUUUCGGCAUAAAAACCGACAAAGCCGCCAGUCAGGUUGUGCUGGCCAUGCGGGACUUGUUUCAGGUCGUGUUUGAACUGAAGAAAAAGGAAAUCGAGCUGGCACGGCAGCACAUCCAAAGCAAAAUAACUGCCCACGAACAUCAAGCCGUGGCAAUGGCAGUCAAAAGCUCCGACGGCUACGGGAAAAGCUUGACCAGCGAUGGGACCUCCAGUUCGUUGACGAGUUCCAAUUUAGGGGGCGCUAGUGGCGUAAGCAGUUCCAAAGCAACGGUUAAAUGUGAGAAAUCGCCAGAAUCCGUCGCUGAUUUAGUAGAUUUAGAGCAAGAACUCAGUUCUAUUCAACGGGGGAUUACGCAAAUGGAACGGAUAACACCGAGUGAAGUCCCUUCGAAAAGUGUUAUCGAUGAUGAUCCGUUUGGAGAUUCGUUCACUAAUAUGCCACCGGCUUAUAAUUUACUGCCCCCUCCAGAAUCAAGCAAACGCCAUCAAAAGCAAACCCACAAAUCAACGGAGAAUCUUCCCGCAACAGAGACCAGUUCAGCAGUACCGUCAUCAUCGCCACCAGCUCCUCCAACGUCUUCAACGCCGGCACCUCAAACCACCGUGGCAAUACCCCCUCCCCCAAGCAGCUCUACUCCAGCCCCUACAACCGGCGGGUCAACCAUGUCGUCUAGCAAUUCCAAUCAGAACGAUGAUUGGCUCAACUCACCCCCCAAUACUUCACGAUUCGAUCCAGAGCCAGUGAAGUACUCCGACGAGCUGAAUCUGAACGACGAUGGAUUUAAGCAAUCAUAUUCAACCACCCCUCAACCAUCUUCCUAUACGGACGCAUUUACGGAUCUGGAUCCUUUAGGAACGGGAAAAAUAAAGCCAUACAUCGAUAAGAAAUAUUUCUUCCAGGAGUUGAAGAAUCCGCCCAAGAAGGUGCUGAAGGACCUCUCUGGACAAGAUAGCUCAUUCAAUGCCAACUUCUCAUCGGAAGAUCUCCAACGUCAGUCACCACAGACGGUUCCAAAAAGCACAAAUUCUGCCACAAACGAAAUGUUUAAUCCCACGUUUGAUGAUGGUGGUCCAAGAUCAAAGGAUCAGGGGUCUGCAGAUUUUUCAGAUCCCUUUGGCAACAAAUCAGUUGAUCCGUUUAUGGAGGAUGAUGAUUUCUCCAAACUGCAUAUCGAUCCAUUUGAAAUGAAGUUUUCGAGGAAUAGCUCUCCACGACAAAUCGAGAAUAAGGGCAGCGAUGAAGGUAUGGUAAAAUCCACAUCCAAAUCUGAAGAAAGCAAAAACGACGAAAGCCCGGUGGCAUAUAAUGGACCACUUCAGGUCAAUUUGCCUCCAGAGAGCUGGGCACACUAUAUUAGUCAAAAACGCCUGGAGCGCCAAAAUUCCGAUUCAACUGCUCCUGGACAAGGAGUAACGAGUUUAGCCAGAAAUCGUCCCAAUGUAUUCAAGCAGAAUACUGUAGAUGUGAUAUCCAGUAUCAGCAGUAGUUCUAAAAAGAUGAAACCCAAUCUGUUUGGACAGAAGUUUUCCAAACGGGAUUCAAAUAGCAUAAACAUGCGCCGUCUACAAGAAAGUGAUUCGCUCAGCGAAAAUGAAACAGCUCCAGAACCUCCUCCCCGUCCCGAUUCAGGAUCGCACAUAGAACCACCUCCGCUGCCUCCAAAGAGACAAUUUGCUGAUAUUGUUAUACGACCAACUAUUCGAUCUUGUCUGUCGAUCACAUCGAGUUCCGGUGGGUCAACCAAAGAACGCUACGAUUACGUCGCAGCUAAAUUCGAAUCGAAAAAUCAACCUGUGACGGACGCACCACCUUUGCCGUUACCUUCACGGAAAGUCAAUAGACAUGAUGGCUCUUCUCCAGGACGUCCGUUUAAGAAAUUAACUGAUGAAGAUGACUAUCUACAGCCCAUUCCAGCAAAGUCCGAGAUUCCUACGUUACUACCACCUCCACAACGCAAAGAAGCAUCCAAAACAAGGGCAGCUCGAAAAUCGGAAACUGAUCCACGUAACCUAGAUGAGCCAACACCUCCAGCUCAAUCAAAAUCACCCACGGUACGGGACAAAGAAUCGCUUUUGCCGGACAUUACUCUAAGUCAAUUAUUAACGCUAGGUAUUGAUGAGCUAGCAACCAAACUUAACGUCCCGGUUACCAAACUAAGCACAAUGACCCUGGUUGAACUAACUUCAUAUCUAUCAGAAUUCAUCGAGAAUAGCAAAACUUCGCCGUCAUCGGCAACAUCUUGGAAUCAGGAAGCAGAAAACAACGACUCUCCGGUAUUUAAAGUUAACUUUGACGAUCAUAACGAUGCAACGUUUGUUGCGAAAUUUGACGAUAACUUUGGCGAAGACAAUACAUUUGUCGCGAACUUCGACAAUCUAAAUCUUCAACCUGCUUCUCAAACAUCGAUCAACCAUACAUCAGCUGCUCCAGUCGUUGAUAAAUAUGCCGUUUUCAGAGAGAUAAUUGAGCAAGAAAUUGGCCCAGAACCUCAAAAGACUGAACAGGAGAAAACAGGCCCGGAUUUAUCUACACUUGAUUUCGAUAGAGAAGUAGCAACCGAAAUGAACAGAUUAUCACCGAAUAUUAUUGGCGAACAAUUUUCGUUAUCUCCGUCACAGUUACAAACAUUCCCCGCAACCAGUCCCGUGCCACCUGUACCUUUGACGAAGAUCGAUACCAAGAUCACUGAAGUAAUCUCACACGCCAAAGAUCGAUACGCAGCAUUAAGAGACAUUAUAUUAGUUGAAGACCUGUUUGAAAAACCAACGCCUCCUCCUGGCUCCAAUGCCCCAAUAGCUCGAAUGGAAUCUUCCUCAUUCGAGGACCAAAAUACGGAAGAUGAACAUCGCUUCGAAGCUAACUUUGACGAUAUGCCUCCGAUGGAAAGUCAAUCUCCAGAAAUCAAUAUUUCCGACGCAGAUAUUAAUGAUGAAUAUCCACCUUUGGAUGAAACUCGAACUCAAUCUACGUUACAAGGUCUUGAACCGCCAGAAUCUCAUAGCAUAAGCUUCCGUAAUACUCCCAAAGAAGACCUUGAAAUAGAUGCAUUCAUGCAGAAAGCCGUAUCCAACCUAUCUCUGCAUAGUACAGGCCAGCUAUCACCAGGGCCAGCACAAUCAGCAGGUGGUGGCUUAACGGUGAAAUCACCUCAACUACAAAGCACAUCGACUUCGCCUAUGCGACCGCUGCAAAGCAAAUCUCCAGUAGCAGAGGGCAGUAGUUUACCACCGCAAGCAACUUCGAUCGAAAAUCUAACAAGGACUACUCUGAACGACAUGAGUACCUCGCCGAUUCCACUCUCGAAGACUUCGAUGAGUGCAAGAGGUGGCAGUUCAAAGCCGUCGCCAAUGACGAAGUCCCCCAUGGAUGUUGCCUUUGCUGAUGAGGGUACUAACGAUGCAAAAAAGAGCGUAGAAUCAUUGCAGAAACGUUCAUCUGGUUCGCUUAGUGACGGAGGAGAAACGUCACCGGAAGCGGAACGUAAUCGAGAUGAUAAAGCUUCAAAACUCACUCCGACUAACGCGUCUGAAUCAUGGGCAGUUUUUGACCAACCGGAACAUUCAGCUGCACCGAAGAAAAUCGAAGGAGGACGUCCACCGAAAGGAAUGGACAAACCCGGCGUUGAGUCUCCCUGCUCUUCGGAUCCCAAAGACGAAUGGAAGAACGAACGGGAGUACGCCCGUCGUUGGCCCACCAAAGGGCACACGUCAUCAUCUUCGCGAGAUGUCUCUCCCUGGGACGAAGAUGGUCCUGAAUACCGAAAGCGUCCUCCGAGCCAACAUCAUCCGCCGACGUCCGGUGAGCGGUACCAUCAUCCAAGAAUGCCACCCCGAAGGAUCAAUUCCAAUGAUGAAGAAUACGACGAGGACAUUAAAGAUCGUAGCGAGCGAAGGCGACGCAUGAAGGGUGGACAGAUGGGUACUAGGAGCCGGGAUAACUUCGACGACGAACACUGGUACCACGAGCGUCAAAGCUGGUCACCUACUGAGGAAGAUGAGCGACCGGACCGGUCAAGGUCGUUUGAUAGGAAUGCUUAUGAGCGAAGUACAUAUGGGCCACCGUAUGAAAAAAGGGAACCGAAGAGCCUGCCACCGUACGAUAGAAGAGAUUACAAAAACUACGAUAAAAGAAAGUAUUACAGGGAAAGAGGUAGACCAAACUAUGAUUACGAUCCUUAUGGCGAGGGAUACGAUCAGCGCAUGAUGAAGGGUAGAAUGGAUUAUGAAGAGGUUUACGAAAGAGGACCCAGAGAUUCAAGAACGGCUAGGGAAUAUUUCUACGAAAGAGAUAGGAAGAGCUUCGAUCGUGAUAGUAAUGAGUCUUAUGAAAGAAGAAGUUUCGGGAGUGGAGAUAUCUAUGGUAGCUUGGAUAGUCGAGGGGAUUAUCGUGACAGGGAUCGGUAUUUGUCAUUGGAUAAAUCACGAUCAUUGAGGCGUGGUAUGAGGAACGCUGGAAGUGCCAGGUUGGAUGAUCCAGAUCAGGACUCCGAUGGUGAAAUCGUUGGUGGCCGACGAGGGGAUACGAAUAGUUUACAUAGAUCUAGUCAGAAUAUUCGCGGUAAACAACAUCAGGUAAUCGACGAUGAGGUGUGGGGAGUUUCUAUGAGCGGGAAACCGGGAUGGAAGAGACCAUCAAGUGCGUCCGAACAGGAACGACGAUAUAAUGAAAGUAGAAGAAUGAUGACCAACGCAACUUUAGUAGGAUCGGAUGGCGAGAAGGAUCGACGCUUCAGGAAAAAGAGCAGAACUCGUUCGAAGGAACCGGAUUUAAGGCCCGGAUAUGCUACUAUGAGGUACCCACGAUCCAAGGAGGACUACUUCGACUUUGAGGCUGAUACUCGAGGUACCGGUAGUGGAAGUGGAAUGUACGACAAUGACGAAGAAGAUGAUAUAGGAGGUGGUAAAAUGGCAGGAGACGCCAUGGAUGAAAGUCCCUCGUACUAUGGAAGGAGGCAGCCUCCGCCGUAUUACAAACCGGCAACUCCAAGAGCCGAAGGAAGAAGCCUAAAUGAUACUCUCAUAGCACAAGAAGCCAAGAAGAUGUCCCGUUAUGAAUAUGAAGAAGAAGCCAUGCGAAGAAUAAAGAAGAGUAAUAGUAGAGAUCUGUACUUCGAAGGAGAGGAUAAGGAACGAUUCACAGGAAAGUUUGGAUCAGGAAGUUUUGGAAACGUCACUCCUCCAAAGAGCGCCAAACACGUACGAAUGGAACUAGAGUUUGAAGACUUUGGUGAAACACCUCAAUCUAACACGAGCGGCAAAUUCAAUUUUGAAAGUGGAGAUGGUUUCGAGAGUGACUUCAAUUCGCCUCCUGCUCCUCCUGGUGGCGGAGGACAAAUUCCUCACCAUAACACUAAGGCAUUCCGUUUCUCCAAUGACUUCUCAGAAAAAGAUCCCGGCAGACACUACCAGCCGUACCAUAAAGGUCAACCGCAAAGCUUCGGUGGGUUUGACGCAGACUUCAGUUCUACGCAACGUUCAGCAUCGACUGCGCAGACUGCUUCGAAACUCCGCUUCAACGAAAAUGUUACUGUUUCAAAAUUUAGUUCGGAAGCAGCAACAGGAUCGCACAUGUUUGAAGACGAUUUUGCAGGUCGGUCCGACAAUGAACUGGAAGAUCAAUGGACACCGGAAAUGACAGCACCGGUGACAAAUAGCAAUGGCAGCAAAAAGAUAUUGAAAACAUCUAGUCAACAGCAGUCACAGCAGCAUGACAACCUUCGGAAGUCCGACAGCGUAAAUAUAUUCGCCAAAAAAGUUGACGAUCCAUUCGAAGACGAUGACUUCUUUUCGUCUGGAGUAACGACAGAGAAGGACCCAUUCGAAGGCAACGGAAAUGGACCAGGGGGUGAAACUGGAACAACGGGAACAGGUGGUACCCAGUCGGGUGGGUGGGACAAAAACUUCGCAAACUUUGACGACAAUAUCUGAUUACUCGGUAGCCUGAUGAUGAACAGUAACAUACUCAGUCGUCAGCUCAACCGUAGUCUCAGCGUUCGCCAGCAAUAUCAAUACUGUUGCCAAAGCGAACAUCAGCGAUACUCGCUAGCGAAGGAUAUUAGGAAGCUUUACAUGCGUAUCAAGCAUUUCAAUAGGUACGAGGUGUUCGUUUAGGAUUAUUCUAAUUUUGUUGCUUUACUUACAGUUCAAGUAUUAAUCGACUAAUUUAUAGCACAUGCCACGUAUUUUUUUUUUCGCUAAUUGAAGCGAUGGCGUUUGUUAGAUAAUAUUUUCUUUGAUAAUCAGUGCGUUUCACAAGAAUACAAUGCAUUACGACUUACCUUUUUAGAACCAUCAAGACGGGUGCCGCGCUGUAGAGAAAAAUAAAGUCAAACGUUAGUCAGGUAAUAAGUAAAUUAAAACAACGUUUGUUGUCGAACGAAAUUACAUUAUAUGGAAGUAUCAAUUGGUUGAAAUAGGAGACAGUACUUGAAGAACUUUUCGAUGAGUUGUCAAGUGAUUUCAAAUAAUCUUCCUUGGUAUGACAAACGUGGUUGAUCUCAGAUGUAAAAUCAAAUCCCGUCUAUGCAAAUACUACCCUAGUUAACAAUUGAAACUAUACAAUAUUCUUGGUGCACAGUAAAGCAACCCGAUCCUCUUUUUGGAAGAGAUUCUAAGAGAUAAUUUUUGAUGUAUUGUACCAUCGAGACGCUUUUAUCAAAUACUCUACUGCAUGCAUAUACUUCACAAUCAGCUGAACUUGGUUGUUUAAAAUUGCAUUUGAUUAAAAAUUUAGAACGCUUCAUCGUAUAAAUACAAAUGCUAAACAUCAAUGAGUUGAAUUUUUUAAUGAGCAGAAUCUUGCAAUAUUUAAGACAAAUCUAGUCACUUUAUUUAUUAACAGAAUAGGAUGAGCCCGAUUUAGAGGUUGUUUUAUGGUUGUCAUUGAUAUUCAGCUAUGUUCAAAGGUUGUACAGUAUUGGUUUCAUCAAUUGGUGUAUCUGUUUUUUUUUGUAGCAUUAAAAUAUGAACGAACUCAUCUGUCCUAAAUGUUGAGCUACAUCAUCCUCAUACUAUCCAGUCCAGCGUUAAACAUCAUUUAUAAAUUUAUAACAAACAAUUAUUAAGGCUGCUUUUACUCGAAUCUAAUACCUAUAUCAAUACACCAAAACUUAAUAGGAGAUAGUUUGACCAAAUUAAUCAUUCUUUCACAUACUACCUUUCGAUACAUAUACGGAUAUUAUGUUCAUAGUUAGCAAAUUAUUUCAUAAAAUAGUUUUAUUUGCUGAUGCUAUAUUAUUUGUAUAUUUCUGAUACAUUUUAGUGUCGUUUAAGUAUAAGUCUGCAAAUGCAUUAGUGAAUCGAAUUUCAAUUUCAGACACAAGAGAGUAUUUCUUUGAUGGUAGUAAUUACAUGAAUCAAAAUACUCUAUGGUAAACGAAAGAGAGUUAAUUUUACUCAAUUAGUACGGAACUUAUUUGACGAUGAUUUCGGUUGGUUAGAAUACGACGGCCGCUAAGUCAUUCAGAACGAUACAGUUCCUAUUCCAAGAGAUGAUAAAAAUGAACCAUCUAAACUAAAACAGUUUCAUAGGCAAAAAAUAGUUCGUACUUGAAUAAAUACUGAAAAAACAAACAAAAUUCUCAUCCAAAAAUGUCUUCUUUUUUAAAUAUUUGUCGAAAAUAUAGAUAAUCUGUAGGCAGCAUCUUAAACAUAUGUUAAUCUUGGCAUUUCAACAUAACACAUACAAAUGAAAAUCUAAAAUAAAUUAAACUGAAAAUGUUUGUUGUUUCAACGCUACACAGCUUGAGUGAUAGGGCAAAAAACGCGCCGAACGCAGAAUGAUCACAAUUUUCAAAACACUUAUGUAAAUUUGCUUUGUAUAUUUUUUGUAAAAUAUUUAUUGACUGAUCGGUUACUAUAAUGAUAAAAUGUAAAAUUAGUAUGAACAUAUAUAAGUUAAACAGGAAGAUAAACAAUUAAAAUAAAUAAAAAAAUAAUCAGAAAAUUGCUGUAGAUGUUCGAAUAUUGAAGAGUAAAACAAGAAUAAGCAAACGUUAAAUUUAGAAAUUAAACCAAGCAAAAUGGAUAAUGAGUGGAAAGCAAAUCCCUUAUUCGAAAAUGAGGAAACCAAUGUUGAUCUGGAGGGUAACUUGAAGUGAAUAAAAAUAUGUAAAAUUCCAAUCCUUAUUCAA